AUGUUCAGCACCUUAAAAACGAUUUUUUGGCCCAGAGCUGCAGUUGCAGUCGCACAGAGCCCCGGACCACCAGCUUCAACAACAACAACACCUCCGGUAAAGUAAACACUGUUUUCACAGGAGGAAAAGCCAGAGCCAAAAAAAGAUGAAGAAAAGAAAGAAGAGAAAAAAGAAGAGCAAAAGCCCACUGGUGAGUCUUUAAGACGCUCCAUUAGUGGAAACUAACCAGCUCCUGCUCCAGCAUCUGCACCAGCUCCUGCCCCAGCAUCUGCAUCAGCUACAGCUCCAGCAUCUGCACCAACUCCUGCCCCAGCAUCUGCACCAGCUCCUGCUCCAGCAUCUGCACCAGCUCCAGCAUCUGCACCAGCUCCUGCCCCAGCAUCUGCACCAGCUCCAGAUCCUCCUAAACCAGAACCAAAACCAGCAGAUCCAGCCAAUCCCGGAGCAGAAGCUGCUGGUGAAGAUGGAGCCCCUUCACCUCCAACUCCACCAAUCGUCUACUACAGAUACACUGACGACCACCUGCGGGACAUCAUCAAGAAAAUGCGGGAGAGGACAGAGCUUUUUAAAGAGAAAGUUGUCGACCCGUAUGCCUCGUCCCCAGAGCGCACACCACCUGUCACGCCAGUUUACCGAAAGGAAGACUGGAUCAGAAAACAAGAAGAGGAACGAAUAAAACGAGAAGAGGCAGAGCAAAAGAAAAAAGAGGACGAUGCCAAGAGAGCCGCAGCGAAGAAGGAAAAAGAGGAGAAAGAAAAGAAGGAGAAAGAGGAAAAGCUAAAAGCAGAGAAAGAGGCAGCCGAUAAAGAGGCAGCCGAGGCCAUGUUUCCUAAGAUCAAAUGCACAUGUAUAGACACCCUUCUCAAACCAUUCGAAGACAAAAUGGACUCGUAUUUGGGUGCAACUAUCGACCCUUUUACAGAUCGGCGGUAUAUUAAAUGGCUGAGCGUCGUCACAGUUGCGUUUAACUAUAACGUUUGGUUGGCCACGGCACGCUUGUGUUUUCCCUACCACACUCCUGCCGCCAUUCCCUUCUGGAUCUUUUUCGAUUUCCUGGCAGACCUGGUGAACAUCAUCGACAUCACUAUGUUUCAGCCACGGCUUCAGUUUGUGAAAGCAGGAGACAUUAUAAAAGACAGAACACAGACAAAACAGAACUACAGACAAUCUGCCAGAUUCCAGACAGACCUGAUAAGCAUCAUACCGUUUGACUUGCUGUGUUUCCAGUUUGGGUUUACAUCAUUCUUUAGGCUAAACCGAUUUGUGCGGUAUGAAUCAUUUUUUGAGUUCAGUGACCGUCUGGAAAGCAUCAUGGCUAAGGCGUAUAUCUGGAGAGUUGGCCGCACUACUGGAUAUCUGCUCUACUGUCUUCAUAUCAACUCCUGCCUUUAUUAUGUGGCAUCAGAAUAUGAGGGUCUGGGCAGCAGUAGGUGGACAUAUGAUGGAAUGGGAAAUGCAUAUCUGCGCUGUUAUUACUUCGCCACUCGUACCCUGAUCACUAUCGGAGGUCUGCCGGAGCCCCAUACGCUCUUUGAGAUCGUCUUCCAGCUUGUCAACUUCUUCACAGGAGUCUUUGUCUUCUCCAGCCUGAUUGGACAGAUGCGAGAUGUCAUUGGAGCCGCUACGGCAGGUCAGACGUACUUCAGAGCAUCUAUGGAUUCUUGCGUGGCUUAUAUGAACACCUACACCAUUCCCAAACUGGUCCAGAAUAGAGUUCGCACCUGGUAUAACUACACCUGGGACUCCCAAGGCAUGCUGGAUGAAUCCGAGUUAUUAGACAAGAUGCCACUGGUGAUGAGAACAGCCAUCGCUGUGGACAUCAACCUCGCUACUUUCCAGAAGAUUGACCUUUUCAAGGGUUGUGACAACCAAAUGCUUGUGGACAUGUUACUGCGCCUGAAAUCCAUUGUGUACCUGCCUGGGGACUUUGUGUGCAAGAAGGGGGACAUUGGGAGAGAAAUGUACAUCAUAAAGGCUGGAGAAGUGCAGGUCAUCGGUGGACCAGAUAACAAGAUUGUGUUUGUGACUCUGAAAGCAGGCUGUGUGUUCGGGGAGAUCAGUCUUUUACAGUCGGCAAAAGAUGGUGGAAACAGAAGAACAGCAAACGUUGCUGCUCAUGGAUUCGCCAACCUCUUUGUGCUGGAUAAGAAAGAUCUGAAUGACAUCCUGGUCCAUUACCCAGAGUCUCAGAAAGUUCUGGCUAAGAAAGGACGGAAACUGAUGAAGGCCAAAGGCAAAGCUGCUCCUACAAAGGAUGAAGGAGAGAAGAAGAAGGGAUUGGCUUUGUUUGGACCCAAACCUCCCACUCCCAAAAUGUUGCGUGCUUUUGGAGGAUUCGGGAAAGGAGGUUUGCUGGACAAGCUGAAGGCUCAAGCAGCGGAAAAAAAGAAUUGAGAGAUCUAUCUGUCUAUUCAUCUGUCAGUCCAUCCAUCCACCAUUCUGUAAUCCAUCAAUUGCUCUAUCUAUCUAUCUAUCUAUCUAUCUAUCUAUCUAUCUAUCUAUCUAUCUAUCUAUCUAUCUAUCUAUCUAUCUAUCUAUCUAUCUAAUUCAUCCAUCCAGCCAUCAU